AAUGGCCUGACGAUACGCGUCACGCCCAAAGACUGCUACGAUACCUGCCGCUUCCAGAGGCUGUAGCCUGCGCGACUCAGGCACUCAGAGCACCGCAACAGGACCCCGCCCCGGCCCCGGCCCCGGCUUCGGCUCCCUUGCCCGUCUUCCUCCGCCCAUGUAGAGCAACAUCCCGGGUCCUGGCUGCGCCAUGUCGUCCAAUGACACCGGCCCGGACGGGCUCGCCUCCGGCGACUCCCUGGCAUGUGUCGCUUGCCGAUCCCGCAAGCUCAAGUGCGACCGCACCAAGCCCUCAUGCACACGAUGCCUGAAGCUCAAGGCCGAUUGCAUGUACCCAGAGUCACGGCGGAAGCCAACCUUCAAACGCCGCAACGUUAAGGAGCUGGAGGCCCGCUUAGCCCAAGUCGAAGAUCUCCUGCGCGAGGCGGGCAGUGGCAAGCCGCUCGGGGACUGCCUUGGUGAAGAUGGCACAAUCGUGGAGCAAGUCGAUGUUGAUCUUGAAUCUGCUCAACUGCCAGCUACCGAAGACGUCUUCCUGCAGGGUCUCGACUAUGUUCCCAGCACAGGUCUUGGCGAAGCACGAGAGGAUCCUGCAGUGUCAGCUUCUCUACCUCAGGACUUUGUAUCAGGACUGCCCAGCAAACCAUCUUUCGGACCCGACCCAGGUCUGGGGCAAUUGAUGGGGCUAGGCGGGCUUUCCGAGGCUCUGCCGCCGUUUGAGGUGAUGGAAGAACUUCAUCGCCUGUUCUUCACACGACAGCAGCAUUUCAUCCCAAUCCUCCAUCCAACCCGAUAUCUGCAUGCAUUCUACUCGGCCCCGCAUAUGAAACCGCCAAUGUGUCUGCAGUACGCAAUCUGGUGUCUGACUUCCAACGGUGACGCAAAAUACCAUAAAUAUCACGAUGUCUUCUACCAUCGUGCGAGGCAGUAUCUAGAGGCUGACGAAAUGAAGGGUCAUGGAGAGCAUUUCAUCACACUUGCACAUGCGCAAGCUUGGUGUCUGGUGGCUACCGACGAAGCCAAGUCGAUGCUUUUCAUGCGGGCAGCAAUGAGCUGUGCCCGAGCUACGCAGCUCAGCUACAUGAUGGGUCUACAUCGGCUCGAUUGUGGUCCUGAAGAUACAAGCCCAACACUGGCUCCGCCCAAGGACUGGGCUGAGCUCGAAGAGAGACGUCGCACGUUCUGGGGCGUCUUUUGUAUAGAUAGCCAUAGCUCCAUAUCAACUGGUUGGCCUCAUCUGAUCGAUGUCGCAGAGAGCGUAACCACUCGCCUGCCAGCUUCCGAGACUGCUUUUCAGACUGGUGAAAAGGUCGAUUCACCCAUGUUGGUCGAAGCUCUCCAAGGAGCAUCAUAUUCUUCAUUUGCCGGCGCCGUCAUAAUCUGCCACUUGUUCAACAUAGUCAACCGACAUGUCCAUCGAGGGAAGCCGACCGAUAACCCUGAAAAUUUCGAGUAUGGUGGAUUUUGGACGAGACACCGCGACAUUGACAAUAUCCUGUCCAGCGCAUUCAUGUUCCUGCCCGAAUGUUUCCGACUCCCAGAGAACAAUAGAGACCCAACAGCAAUACAUACAAACCUCAACCUUCACGCAGCUGUCAUCAGUCUACAUCAUGGCGCAAUCGACAAGAUUGAAAGACAUCAGCUCUCUGAUGAGGCCCGAAAAGCCAGCGAAGACAGAUUGUCGUGCGCAGCUCAAGAGAUUGUCAACAUAGCCAAGCUUACCAGCCACAUCAACAACAAGAUGAAAAGCCCGCUUGCCGCCUUGUCCUUGUACUCGGCUGCGUCGGUAUACAUAUACCUGGCCAAGACCAGACGAGAGCCCGUCAUGGUCGGCAACCUUGACUUUCUUCUGGCGGCAAUGGAAGCCAUAUCUCGUGAACAUGCCAUCACUGGUGGCUUUCUCAGACAGGCAGUUCUGGACAUACAGCGCAAUGACGUUGCGAACAUCAUCCGGCUAUCUAGAGUCGAUACGCUCUCGAGAAAGUUUGGCCAAAUCCAACCAAACAGUAUACCCCUAGUUGCGCGCUCUCAUGUGUCUCGCCACACCGAAGGCGCGCCUCCUCUGCCGGGGAGACUUCCUUUGGGCAAUCCUGUGGGUCGCAUCAGCACCAGGAACAUGUGCGAGGACAAUGAGACAGUACCCAUCUCCCAUGGGUUCGUGCCCGUGGUUGACAAUUCUAGCAGCCAGACGAGCCGUCAGGAUCGCAAUGGCGGACCCGCUGGCUGUUCGGACAGUGUUAGCCUCAAGCGAAGGCGGAUGUCUCCAUCUACAGCGCCUGAUCAAUCAGACGACAGACCCAAGCCGUUCACGUCUCCGAGCCAGUCCUGGAACACAAACAGCGCGCACAACACCACAAUGAAUCAAAUGCCCAUUCCUCACCGAGUGGCUUCGCCAUAUGGUGGCACAUAUGUGGAUGGGGGGAACUCACGAGGAAACAACGGUCCCAGCACACGGUCUGCCUCUACUACUUCCUCGGAGCGCAUCUUGUUAGGCGUGACAGCAUCCCCCCUCGAUGCGCAGAACACCAUGCGGCCGAACCCAUUUGGUGCUGCAAGCCGUGGGAGUGGCAGUGACGCCCAGCAAACCAUGGCAUCGGGUUUUACUGGGAACAGCAGGGGUUGGGAUAUGAACUCGCCCCCAACCUCCAGCUCGGCACAUACAUUCACCAUCCAGGGCACAAACGGUCUGGUAAUGAGUGACAUGAACGCUGGCUCCACGAGUCAGCACAAUGCCUGGGACAUGUCUCUAGCCAUGGACAAUGCAGAGCUAGACUGGGACGUCAUAGCUGCUUCUCUCGGCGUCGACAACGGUGGCAACAGCGGUGCACACAGCACCUUUGGAGCCCCCAAGAGUAACAGCAACAACGAUGACACCAGCACGAGUAACAUGUCUGCGAAUAUUAGCAGCAGCAUCGGUCACGAACCAUGACCUUGUAUACAUCUCAGCACGACUUGUAAGACUAUAGCAUCACAGCACCUUAGAUACCCAGCAGAUAUGGCUUGAUCCGAUGCCGGAACGUGGUCAAUCAUGGAAAUGGUAUGUAGUUUGAAUAUUCAGCCACGCGCGUG